GGAUUGGAUUAGGUUCUCAUUCACGCCACACGGCUGCGCACCCUCAUCACCAGCAACACAUCCAGUUGCGUGGUCGCGGGGCGCCGCCACCAUCGUGGCCACCAGCAGCUGCGCGACGCGGCCCUGUAGCUCCCGCAACACCGACCUUGGCCAACAGGUCCGGGCGGCGGCGGGAGCUCCGUGUCGUGGGCGCUAGCUGCUUGCUGUGGCGCUCUCCACCAGAGGUGCGAGGGAAGCAGACGGAGGCGGAUGAGCUUGGCGGCCACCGCCAUGCCUAGGAGCCUCGUGGGGGUAGUACUGCGACAACACUCCGGCGAACGGGUCCGGGCAGGAGUUGGAAUUCACGGCGGAGACAUGUAGAGGCGGCAGCGCAAAACGGAGACGGGGAAGAGUCCUUUCUCCCCAGAAAUCCCCGCCAUAGAGGCGCCUCUACAGAUUUCUGGCAUAGCAAUCUUAAUGGCGAUUGGAGCUUUUUUACUUGGGAUGGAAACUCCAGAGAAUUAUGCUUUGCACGAUAUUUUGGUCGAAGCUAUCCUUGAUGUUUUUGUAUGUCUCGAGGCUGUUAUGUUAGUGCGCAACGCGAUGAGUGAAAUUGGAGGCAAUGACAACUUGCUUCGUGAUCUGCUCAUGAUAUUAGCCGACACACUCAUUACUGUUUACCAAUUUGUUGAUUAUCUGGGUAAAACACAUAGUCCUUGGGAUGUGCACACAAUGCUCCAUCUGGACGCUGGAGCUGCCAGGGAUGGCAAUGAAGGUGCUGAUGUGGAGGAGCAGAUGGUGGGAGAAGGUGCUGAUGUGAUGGUGGUGGUCCGGGCUUGGUUAUCUGCAUUUCUCUUGUUAUUGCAGUUGGCCGCCCCUCGAGUUUUCAUGAGGGAACUAGAGAUGGCUCUCGGAGCUGCCAUACGGGACAAUGGAGGCGGUGAUGAUGCGGAAGAAGUGGCACGAGACGAGGGGUUUGAGGUGGUGGUGGUGGUGGCAUAGCCGGCGUAGGUGUGUGGAUAGAAGAUCAUUGAUGUUCCCAUUUCACAAAAUUAUGUAGAUUAUGCAUUGUAAUUAAAUCAAACUCAGUCAUAGUGCCAUUAGUGAUGGUACAGGAAACCACCAAUACCUUCGGUAGGUCGACAAACAUGGCCGGAAGUACCAGAAGAAAGUUCACACAAAAGGGUUACCCCAGUCGUUCCCUCAUGGUGAGGUAAUACCCUAUGCCCUUUGUUUUGUAUUGAUGUGGGAGCACCUCGUUCGAGGGGUUACUAGAUGACGAGGAUUGUGACUAGCGAGAGUAUGGUCUAUGGAGUAGAUGGGAACGAAUGACUACCCCUAUGUCCGUCAUGGGACGUUCAUUUGUAUUUUUCUUAGCAAUUAAAAAGUGAGAAAUCGUAAUGCUCAUGGGAAUGAGACAUAAUUCCUUUA